AUGACGGACUCCCUAUCAUCCCUCCCUCCCCUCAUCCCUCUCUCUGGCAGCAGCAGCAGCAGCAGCAUCAGCACCACUGCCUCCUCCUCCUCCUCCAACCACCACCAACAACACCGCCGCCGGCUCCCGCUGCUGGAUCCUCCGUCUCCUGCCGGGAUCUGCCUCCUCCUUCUCCUCAGGGAGCUCUUCCUGGAACUGGGAGGGGAGGGGGGGAGAUCACCACCUCCCAGCUUGCUGCAGACCCUCGGCAAGGCAUCAGGAGGGAAAGAAGGAAGGGGGAUUUUAGAGGAGAGCAGAGGAGAGGCAACACCCUGGGUUACAGGAGAGCCGAGAGGAGAAGAAGAAGAAGAAGAAGAAAAGAGGAUCUCAUUACCGGGCCGGGCAGGGCCGAGCAGGAGCGGCGGCGACAGCGGUGGCGGCGGGGGGGAAACCAAAUGUCACCGCUGGAUGAGGACUUCCAGGAGCCGGGGGGCAGCGCUGCCGGGCAGCUGUCCAGAGGAGCCAUUGAUGGAACCUUGCCUCGCGCUGCAGCGAGGCGUCUUCAAUCAAUGCGACUGCCCCACUUUCUCUGUCUGUGUAUGUGUCUGUUUGCCACCGGAGCCUGAAGGGGGGCUGCUGAUGGCGGCGGCGGUGGUGGCCAUGGUGGCGGUGGUGGUGGUGGUGAUGAUGAUGCGAUGGCAGUGGCGCUGCUCACGUGGUUUCUGGCUUAGCCCCCCCUCGCCCUCCCUUGUUUACUGAAAGACUCUCUUCGGUGACGGGUAUUCUUGGGUGGAUAAUACGGAUCACGUUGUUAUUGCUUAAGAAUACGCGUAGUCGAGGAGAGUCCUCUCUUCGCCCAACACCAGCAACACCCCCCCAUCCCCCGACACCCACCCACCUCACCUCACCUCACCCCGACUAGCCACCCACCCACCCACCCACGGAGGACUGUCAGGAUGGGUGACGCCAUUCCCCCCCACUCUCCACCCUUCCAAAAAAAGAGACCUCUUCUUUGAUUCUCUGUAUACUGCAUUGCAAUGUGUUGUUGUUCCCUGUGCCGAGCCACGGGUUUGAGGUGUCACCCCACACGUCUGUCCCACCGUGCAUCUGUCAGUCUGUCUCUGUCUCCGUGGCGAUGGACAGCGUUGUGUUUCUGUGUGUUAUUUCUGUGUGUUGUCUGUCGGACGUUGUCGCUUCGACAUUGUUCUGGUCUCGCUGAGAAGACGUGGCUCUUUGAUCGUGGAACUCUCUCUGCAUGAACGGUGUCUGUUCCCGUAACGCCAGGCCCAGCAUGACAGCCUGCACACUGACACCAACACCUAUAUUCACAGCGAGAGGCCUUAUAGGUUUGUCAGGACUGGCGUAAACCCCCCUUUUGACAAGCAGAAUAUGUGCUGGGAGUCAACUUUGGCGAACUGUAGCAUCGUUUGAUGUGUGUAACCCACUGACGUAGCCUCAGCUUUGCUACUCUCAUCACCUCAUUUAGAAGAGCAUUUUUUGGCCUUGUGGCUGUGGCUCCUUUGUAUUUCUAAGCCGACCUAAACCCCCGGGGCACUAAUGAACAAGUGAAGGCCCCAUUGAACCCCCAUUUCCACCCACCCUCUGUACAACGCGCAACACUACCUGGCACCAGGUUUGCUGGGUGAUCGUUUUGAUUAAACACAAAUCAUUUAGGAUCUAUUUUGACCAUUCAAGACUUCAGGAUAACAAAGUAAAGCAGGUCCAACCUUUAAGGCCCCUAAAUUGGCGCUGGGCUGAUGAUGAUGAUGGUGAUGAUGAUGAUGCCUAUCUGUCUGUAUCAGUCACAUCUCUAUAUGAAUGUGUGUGAGCGCUCAGCUGGUUGAUGGUUGUGUCCAGCAGAGUAGAGAGCAGAGAGUCGUAUUCAGGGUUUGACAAAUAUUAGCAAAAUAAUUGAUGAUAAAACACAUUAGGAAUUACAUUGAUUGCACAGACAGACAGACAGACAGACAGACAGACAGACAGACAGACAGACAGACAGACAGAAGACAGACAGACAGACAGACAGACAGACAGACAGACAGACAGACAGACAGACAGACAGACAGACAGACAGACAGACAGACAGACAGACAGACAGACAGACAGACAGGGGACAUCCUCAUUAGACGACCACUUCGGUAAACACCAGCAAACACUCAGCAAGCAUCAAAAAAGUCAUUUUCCAUCCACGCCACACUGACGUUUACAGGCUUAAUUAUGAAUGAAUUCUCUUUAUUUGCAUUAACCGUCAUUGUGGCAUGUCUUAAUAAACCUUACAGUGAGGGUGUCAAUAAAUAAAUAAAUAAAUAAAGUUCUGAUCAGUCAGGAAUAAGCAAGGUUUUAAAUAUUAAUAUCUAUUUACAGACACUAGGAGCCUGAUUCUCCUUUACAAUAAUUCACUACAUGUUUACAAUCAGGCUCAUUCAAAUAUGCAGUAAUUAAGAUCAAUGUAUAUUAUCGAAUAGUGGCAUUAGAAUGUGCCAGAGGAACCCAAUUUGGGCUUUUAUGGCUGUCUACUCCAUCCCAGUGGAGUAGAGGCCUGUAAUGUCUGAAGGUAUUUAUCAUGGCUCCUCUCUCUUAAUCUUCCUUGACACAACUUUAGUGUUUUUAGGGGGGGACUGUCCCAGUCCAGCCCUGACAGUAAGCCAGGAGCGUUGGGGGGCCCCUGAAGCUCUGGGGCCCCGAGGCAGUUCCCUGCUUUGUGGUCAGUAAUCCAGGUACAACUACAGGGAUCCAUUUACAUUAAAGAAAAAAGAAAUACAUUUUCUACUUUCUGUAAACUUGGUUCAGAAGGACUUCUUGAUAAAACACUCCAAAGAGUAGGAUUAUGUUUAUUAUAUAAAAAAAAAAAAUCAUGAUUAAUCCCUCGAUUGUUUUUCUGAUAAUUAAAUCAAUCAUUUGUUCUAUAAAAUGUCAGAAGAUAAAAUAAGCUAUCAUCUUUUCCCAGAGCUCUUUUUCUCAAGAUGUCUUCACAUUUUUGUAACCCCAAAAAUAAUCAGUUCACAAUGAUAUAAAACGGGGACGCAACUAACUAUUCUUUUUAUAAUUGAAUAUUUUUCUUGAUUUCUCCGUUAGUCAGUCAGCGCCGAAAAAUGUUACGUAAUAGUGAACGGUUACUGCAGUUACCUCUGUGAUGUCUGGUUUAGUCCAACGAACCAUCCCAAAGAGAUUUAGUUUAAAGUCAUAUCAAACACUAACUGGAGCCACAGAAUGUUUGGACAUUUUUGCUGGAUCGAUGUCUUGUUUUAAUACAUACACAGUCUAUAUAUAUAUAUAUAUAUAUAUAUAUAUAUAUAUAUAAUUAAAUAAACUAUAUGUAUAUAUAGUUUAUUUAAUUAGAAUUGGUGCUGAAUAAUUUUCUGUGAUUCAACAAAUCGAUUAAUUGCUUCACUUCUAAUCAUGACUGUAAAGAAAAGGGUUCUCCCACAGUAAACACUUGAUUUGAUUUUCAAGCCUGUGAAUAAAAAAAAACUCAUGAUAAUGAAAAAUUCCUCGUCAUAUUUUUUAUUUUGUAUGUAUUUUGCUCAAUUCGUGACAUAAGAAUGAAUAAAACAUCGGCGUGGCCUUGAUGGGCGUGAGUAGGCCUGUAGUGAGAGACGGAGAGGUGUUGUGCUGAGGUUACAGAGUGGAACCUCCUCUCAUUCAGCUCCAUGUGGGGCGUUUAUUACGGGGCCGAGCCGAGCCAAGCCGAGCCGAGAGCCUCUCACCUCCCCCUCAUCCCCCCUGUACGCUCCUUUUUUAUGCAAAUGUCUGCUCAAAUGACAUUAAUCGCAGUGAGGUUUACGCCACGUGCAAAACUGCUGCUGCCGCUGAGCCACACACACACACACACACACACACACACACACACGUACGGCUGAGAAAACAAAAUGUCCACCGUUGAGCGGUCAACAGCUCAACUUGUGCAUCGAGGAGCGAGGCGUCUAGAUAAACAAUUACUCCCGGCUCAAACGGUCUAUAAGCAGCUUCUUUUUUUCUUUUUCCCCCGUUGCUGACGGCGGCGUGGCGACACUCCAUGAAUAUGGAUCUCCUCUCCAUGUCUGAUUGCACAUUCUGAACCUUAACACCCAUGUAAAAUCCAUUUAAACAC